CUGAAGGUUGCAGAGAGCUAGCAAGGCAAAGAUGAUUAUCUGGGAGGUAUUACUGUGCCUAGUUGCUUUACUGGCUUUUUGGGUGAGCCAUUGUGUUUAUAGUUGGAAGAAUCCACAUUGUCAUGGCAAACUACCUCCUGGUUCAAUGGGUUUUCCCUUAAUCGGGGAAACCGUCCAAUUCUUCACCCCUAAUCAUUCACUCUAUGAUAUUCCUCCUUUUAUUAGAAGUAGAAUGGUUAGAUAUGGAUCGUUGUUUCGAACGAGUUUGGUUGGGAGGAAAGUGGUAGUCUCAGUGGAUCCCGAAAUCAAUCACCAGAUCUUCCAACAAGAAGGAAAGUCUUUUCUAAUUUGUUACACGGAGAGUUUUAGUGAAAUUAUUGGACGAAAAAGCUUGCUUGUUUACCAUGAAAUGGCUCAUAAAUACCUAAAAAACCUCAUUCUACACCUUGUUGGUCCUGCAAACUUGAAGGCAAAAUUGAUUCAUGAAAUGGAUGAAUCAACACGUACACGUUUACAUUCAUGGGCUUCUCAUGGCAAUAUUGUAGAUAUCAAAGAAGCUACCUCAAAUAUGGUUUUUGAAUAUUUUGCUAAGAAGCUCAUUAGCUAUGAUGAAUGCAAGACCUCCAAGAAACUGAAGGAUAAUUAUAACGCAUUUAUAUCUGGCCUUAUCUCGUUUCCUAUAAACAUCCCAGGAACUGCUUACCAUGCAUGCUUAGAGGGUCGAAAAAAUGCACUGAAAGUGAUUAAGGAUACCAUGGAAGGGAGGAAAAAUUGCAAUAUUAACCAUGGAGAUUUCUUGGAUUAUUUAGUGGAGGAAGUGAGGAAAGAAGAUACAAUUUUGAGUGAAGAAAUUGCAGUGAACAUGAUAUUUCUACUUCUUUUUGCUGCUUAUGAGACGACUUCUACAGCCAUUACUUUAGCCAUCAAGUUUAUUUCUGAUCAUCCUCAAGUUCUAAUACAAUUAACGAGAGAGCACGAGGGAAUUCUUAAAAGCCGUGAGAACAAGAACUCAGAGAUUACAUGGCAGGAAUACAAAUCCAUGACUUUUACCCAUAUGGUAAUCAAUGAAACACUCAGGCUUGCAAAUAUCGUGCCCGGAAUUUUCAGAAAAGCUGUGAAAGAUGUUGAGAUGAAUGGAUUUACAAUUCCAGCAGGUUGGCUGGUUAUGGUAGUUCCUGCAAUUACUCAUUUGGAUCCUGAUAAAUAUGAUGAUCCUCUUUCGUUUAAUCCAUGGCGAUGGGAGGGAAAGGAAUUGCAUGCAGGAUCAAAGACUUUCAUGGCCUUUGGUGGGGGUGUGAGACUUUGUGUGGGGGCUGACUUUGCAAAGCUCAAAAUGGCCAUCUUUCUUCACUACUUGGUUUUAAAUUACAGGUGGACAGUGACCAAAGGAGGGGACACCAUCCGAAUGCCUGGUGUGAUAUUUCCUAAUGGAUUACACAUCAAGAUUUCAGAGAAGCAGAAUGGAUGAAAAAUAUAAAAGAUUAUUUAUUUAUAAACCCUAAGGGGUUCGAUGUAUUAGCAAAACCAAUAGUACAUAGCGCUACCUUGAAGAAAUAAUGGAACAGAAAUAUAUCUAUUAUCUUAAAUUUAUAAAAAUAGAAAGGACAAUUUCAAUUUCUCUCCCAUGUAAUGUAAUCUCAAUAUAAAUAUAAGCAUUACUUUAAACAUUAAUCUAUAAUAAAAAGAAAAUUUUAAAAUAUAUGUCUGCAUUUUUAAAA